CGCGCCGGCUCACACUUGCAGAGGGCAGCAGUAACAGAGGACGGUCUUGUUUCUCCGUUUCACCGGAGCGCGCUCUCUCGCUCCUUCUCUCUCCCCUUCACCAGUGUGUGUGCUGCUGCAGUGGCUAUUAUUUUUAUUACAGUAGCUGUCGCUUGCGCCGGGCGGCCGGGACAGCGCGAGGGAAGAGUAGAGAGCAAAGGGGAAAGGUGUUUCACCACCUGAGCGAUUUAUUUUCGGGAGGAAAAAGGACGCUAUGGACGGAAAAACAGCCCGGUUCCAUUGACUCCGCGUUAGUUUAAUUGUAGUUUUGCCGCUGUAGAGACAGAAGAAGCCACCAUUUCAUCUGUCUUCACAGACCGACACUUCAUUUCACGUGUGCGUUGUUGCUGACAGCCGCGCGCGCCGUGCUGCUUUGGACAUAGUAUCCUCGAGCCUCUCUGGGUUGGUCCACGCGCCGCGUUGCGUUUGACAAAACUUAAAAUUAACAACCAGGCUUCACACUCCGCAGGAAAACAAAGAAACAACACUUUCCGGAGUGCGAUAAUUGGAAAUAAACCGCCUAGAAGCGUGAGUAAAGUAGUGAAAGAGGACCGUGCGGCGAAUAUGGUGCUCUGAACGCGCUUUUUCUAGUUUUCUUUUUUUGCCAUUUUCACCAUUAACACUGACGUCGAGCAGCUGAACGAGUGGAAGAAGUUUUUUGUUGGAAAAAGUGGAAGAAAAAUAACCGGCUACACGACGGUGGUCGUAAACUGGGAGAGGAGGGUCCCCCCACUCUGGGACGAACAGCGCUGUGUACGGCUGUAUGGUCCUGAACGACACUGAUGCUUCAACGUGAGACUCCCCUCUGCCUCACACCUGCCAGCACAGUUUUGGAAGCACAGAAGGGGAUGACGCAACUUGGCGGCAGACCAGUGCCAUUCAACUGCUAGACCACUCAACAAGUUGGUGGAGUCCAACAACCCUGACGCUCUCUCUCUGUCUUCAUCCUAUAUCUCUCUUUGUCUUUCUUUCCGCUUUCUGCCUGUCUGUCUGUCUGUCUUUCUGUCUACGCAGCUGUACAGCAGCAUGCCUGUAUGUUUGCCAGCAGCACAAGCAGAAGCACUAUGGAAGUAAAAGAGCGACGUCCAUACUGCUCACUCACCAAGGGCCGCAGGGACAAGGAGGGACCUUACACUGGUUCAUCAGGGGACAGUGAAGACUGUGCUAUUGGUUCCCAGGGACUCCGGGUCCCCACUCAGAAGUCUUACUCCUCCAGUGAAACACUCAAGGCCUUUGACCAGCACCAAGACCAGACCAGGUUGCUGUACGGGACGACAAAGGGAUACAAGGACAUGGUUCACCGUGAACAGGAUGAUUAUAACAGACAAGGUCAGCACUUCAGUCUCCGUCAGCUGGGAAUCUGCGAGCCGCCUUCACGUCGUGGCCUGGCGUUCUGCUCCGAGAUGGGCCUCCCCCACCGUGGCUUCUCAGUCGGCACAGGCCCGGACCUGGAUACCGACAGUCAGGCUGUGAUGUCGCCAGAGCGCGCCAUGAGGCUGUGGGGCCGCGGGGGUCUGGGUAAAUCGUCAGGGAGGAGUUCCUGUCUGUCCAGCCGCUCCAACUCUGUGCUGACUCUCACCGACACCGAGCACGAGAACAAGUCAGACAGCGACAACGGUUCUCCAAUGCCCUCCCCCUCCUGUCCAUCACCUGUCAUUGACCAAUCACAUCCACAGUCAGCCAGUCCACAUGGCAACCUGUUGUUAGGCGACGUGGCUGAGCCAGAGUCAGAGGAAGAGGAGGAGGAGGAGGAGGAGGAAGAAGAGGAAGAGGAGUAUGCAGCCAGAUUGUACUUACCUGUAACGCAUGAGCAACCAUCCAAUCACCACAGCUCCGUCCUGCCUCCGGUACCUCCACCUCACCGCCAGCAGCCCUCAAUAACCGCUCUCAACCAAUCCCUGGGCUCCACGCACCACGCUGGCCAAUCACUGAAUUCAACGCGGCAGCUAACCCCUCCUACUGGAAGCCCGGCCCCUGUGGCCGGCCAAUCACCAGCCGAGCUGCAGACCACGCCCCCCGAGAGCGUCCCGCUGCAAGACAGCUGGGUGCUGGGUAGCAAUGUGCCUCUGGAAACAAGGCACUUCCUCUUUAAGACAGGUACAGGCACCACCCCCCUCUUCUCCACGGCAACUCCUGGCUACACUAUGGCAACAGGCUCAGUGUACUCCCCACCCACCAGGCCAUUGCCGAGGAAUACCUUGUCCCGCUCUGCCUUCAAGUUCAAGAAAUCCUCCAAGUACUGCUCAUGGAGGUGUACAGCCCUCAGUGCAGUAGGACUAUCUGUACUGCUCUCUGUCCUGCUCUGUUAUUGCAUAGCUAUGCACCUGUUUGGCCUAAACUGGCAGCUUCAGGAGAGCGAGGGAUAUGGAGCAUUUGAAAAUGGAGGAGGGGGAAGAGAUACAACUCCAAACACCUUCAUGGUGUCUACAGACAAUGGUAAAAUGUUUCUUCUAGAGAACAAUACCAUAGACACAGGAGAGGUGGAUGUGGGGAGACGAGCCAUACAAGAUGUCCCACCAGGUGUGUUUUGGAGGUCUCAGCUAUACAUUGACCAACCGCAGUUUUUGAAAUUCAACAUCUCCGUCCAGAGAGAUGCUCUUGUUGGGGUGUAUGGACGCAAAGGUUUACCACCCUCACACACGCAGUAUGACUUUGUGGAGUUGCUGGACGGCAGUCGCCUCAUUUCCAAAGACAAACGAGCGCUCAGUGACACCGAUGCAGGACAUGCACACCCAGCUGGUGCACACGAGGAAGAGUCUGGAGUAGGAGCCCGACACACUCGCUCAGUGAACGUGCACGAAGCCGGCUUCAUCCAGUACCUGGACACAGGAAUAUGGCAUCUGGCAUUUUACAACGACGGACGCAACACAGAACAAGUCUCUUACAAUACCAUCGCCAUAGAGUCGAUUAUGGAGUGUCCUCAAAAUUGUCAUGGAAACGGAGAUUGUCUCUCAGGAAUAUGCCACUGUUUCCCCGGAUUUCUGGGGCCUGACUGCUCUCGAGCUGCCUGCCCAGUGCUGUGCAGUGGCAAUGGCCAGUAUUCCCGUGGCCGCUGCCAGUGCUACAGCGGGUGGAAAGGCACCGAGUGCGACGUGCCAGCCAACCAGUGCAUCGACAUCCACUGUGGAGGACAUGGCAUCUGCAUUAUGGGUGCCUGCAUCUGCAAUACUGGUUAUAAGGGCGAUAAUUGUGAGGAAGUGGACUGCAUAGACCCCAGUUGCUCAGCCCAUGGUGUGUGUAUCCAUGGAGAGUGUCACUGUCAGCCAGGCUGGGGCGGAGCCAGCUGUGAGAUAGCCAAGGCCAUGUGUCCCGACCAGUGUUCAGGUCACGGCACCCACAAUGCAGAGACCAGCACUUGUACCUGCGACCAGAAUUGGACCGGGCCCGACUGCUCUUUAGAGGUGUGUGAAGUAGACUGUGGCAGCCACGGCGUCUGUUAUGGCGGUGUGUGUCGAUGCGAGGAGGGCUGGACAGGAACUGUGUGUGACCAGAAGGCUUGCCACCCACUGUGCAGCAAGAACGGAGUGUGUAAGGAGGGGAAGUGUGAGUGUGACCAGGGAUGGACAGGGGAGCACUGCAAUAUUGAGGGUUGUCCAGGUCUCUGCAACAACAACGGACGAUGCACUCUGGAGGCCAGCGGCUGGCACUGCAUCUGCCAAUCAGGAUGGAGAGGGGCCGGGUGUCACGUAGCCAUGGAAACACUCUGCACUGAUGGCAAGGAUAAUGAAGGAGAUGGCUUGGCUGACUGUAUGGAUCCAGACUGCUGUCUGCAGCCCUCCUGUCAGAACCAGUUAUACUGCAAAGGGUCACCUGACCCAGGGGAGGUGCUCAGCCAAUCUCCGUCCUCACUGGCUCCUCAGCAAGCUGCCAGGUCUUUCUACCAGCGCAUUCACUUCUUAGUUGGCCCUGAAUCCACUCAUGUCAUCACUGGAGACAAUCCCUUCAACAGAAGCUUGGUGUCGAUAAUUCGAGGUCAGGUGUUGACAGCUGACGGGACACCUCUGAUUGGAGUCAACGUGACGUUUGUCCACUAUCCUGAACAUGGAUACACUGUAACACGCAAGGAUGGCAUGUUUGAUCUCCUUGCCAAUGGAGGGGCAUCCCUGACGCUGAGUUUUGAGCGUGCUCCGUUCCUCACUCAGUACAGAACUGUGUGGGUGCCAUGGAACGUCUUUUAUGUGAUGGACACACUGGUCAUGAAGAAGGAGGAGAAUGACAUUCCUAGCUGUGACCUGAGUGGUUUCAUCAGACCCAGUCCUGUCAUUGUUGCUUCUCCACUGUCUACGUUUUACAGAAGUUCAACUGAGGAUGGCCCCAUCAUACCUGAAACACAGGUUUUACAAGAAGAAACCUCAAUACCAGGCAGUGAUCUAAACCUGAUCUACCUGAGCUCCAGAGCUGCGGGAUAUAAACCGGUCCUCAAAGUCACCAUGACACAGUCAUCAAUACCUUUCAACCUGAUGAAGGUUCACCUGAUGGUGGCAGUGGUGGGUCGCCUUUUCCAGAAAUGGUUCCCGGCCCAACCAAAUCUGUCCUACACCUUUAUCUGGGACAAGACAGACGCCUAUGGUCAGCGUGUCUAUGGACUAUCCGAGGCAGUUGUGUCCGUGGGGUUUGAAUACGAGUCCUGCCUGGACCUCAUCCUGUGGGAGAAGAGAACAGCCAUUUUGCAAGGCUACGAGCUGGAUGCUUCCAACAUGGGAGGAUGGACGCUGGAUAAACAUCACAUCCUGGACGUGCAAAACGGUAUACUGUACAAGGGCAACGGUGAGAACAUUUUCAUUUCCCAGCAGCCCCCUGUCAUCAGCAGCAUCAUGGGAAAUGGACGCCGCCGCAGCAUCUCCUGCCCCAGCUGUAAUGGGCAGGCAGAGGGCAACAAGCUGCUGGCGCCUCUGGCUCUGGCCUGCGGAGCAGAUGGCAGCAUCUUCGUUGGAGACUUCAACUACAUCAGGAGGAUCUUCCCCUCUGGGAAUGUUACCAGUGUCAUGGAGCUGAGAAACAAAGAUUUCAGACAUAGCAACAACCCUGCUCACCGUUACUACUUAGCCACCGACCCAGUAACAGGGCAGCUGUAUGUGUCGGAUACUAACUCCCGACGAAUCUACCGACCCAAGAUGCUUAGCGGUGCCCGUGACCUCAUCAGUAAUGGAGAAGUAGUAGCUGGUACAGGUGAGCAGUGUCCCCCGUUUGAUGAAGCUCGAUGUGGAGACGGAAGAAAAGCUACAGAGGCACAGCUACUGGGACCUAAAGGGAUUGCAGUAGAUAGAAACGGUUUGAUCUACUUUGUGGACGGGACUAUGAUCAGAAAAGUGGAUCGUAAUGGAAUCAUCUCCACAGUGCUGGGCAGCAACGACCUGACCUCUGCACGACCUUUGACCUGCGAUACCAGCAUGCACAUCAGACAGGUUCGUUUAGAAUGGCCCACAGAUCUUGCCAUUAACCCCAUGGAUAACUCCAUCUACGUCUUGGACAACAACGUUGUGCUUCAGAUCACUGAAAAUAGACAGGUUCGUAUCGUGGCAGGCCGUCCCAUGCACUGCCAGGUACCUGGUAUAGAAUACACUAUGGGGAAGAGAGCGGUCCAAACCAUGCUAGAGGGAGCUACAGCUAUUGCCUUGUCCUACAGUGGUGUCCUCUACAUCGCAGAGACUGAUGAGAAGAAAAUCCACCGCAUCCGACAGGUGUCGACAGAUGGAGAAAUUACCCAUCUAGCCGGAGCGCCAUCUGACUGUGACUGCAAGAACGAUGCCAACUGUGACUGCUAUCAGACAGGAGACGGCUAUGCUAAAGACGCGAGGCUUAAUUGUCCUUCCUCUUUGGUGGUGUCUCCGGAUGGGACGCUGUAUGUGGCGGAUCUGGGAAACAUCCGGAUACGAGCUAUACGACGCAACCAACCACCGACUGGCUCUCUGGCCUCAGGUCCCAGCUCCUAUGAAGUGGCGUCUCCAGCCUCUCAGGAGCUCUAUGUGUUUGAUUGGAAUGGGACUCACCAGUUCACCAUGUCUCUGGUCACUGGAGACUAUAAAUACAACUUCAGCUACAGCAAUGAGGAAGAUGUAACCGCAGUGACAGACAGCAGUGGAAACACCCUCCGUAUCCGUAGAGAUACCAACAGAAUGCCUGUGCGUGUGGUCGCCCCAGACAAUCAGGUCAUCUGGCUGACCAUCGGGACUAACGGAGGUCUUAAGACUCUCACGGCUCAGGGUCAGGAACUGGUCUUGUUUAGUUACCAUGGCAACAGCGGUUUGCUGGCUACCAAGAGCAUCCAAAUAGGCUGGACCACCUUCUAUGACUAUGACAGUGAGGGUCGUCUGACUAAUGUGACUUUCCCCACCGGCGUGGUCACCAAUCUCCACGGCGACAUGUCGUCAGGAGCUGUUGCCGUGGACAUCGAGACGUCAGGGAGGGAUGAGGACGUUUCCAUCACAACCAACCUGUCAUCAAUAGACUCCUUCUACACUCUGGUGCAAGAUCAGCUUCGCAACAGCUACCAGGUGGGUAAUGAUCAUUCACUGAGGGUUAUCUACGCCAACGGGAUGGACACACAUUACCAGACGGAGCCCCAUAUUCUGGCAGGUGCUGCUAACCCAACUGUAGCCCGACGCAACAUGACACUGCCAGGAGAGAACGGACAAAACCUGGUGGAGUGGAGGUUCAGGAAGGAACAGACGCGUGGAAAAGUCAUCGUCUUUGGGAGGAAGCUCAGGGUGAAUGGCAGGAACUUGCUGUCCGUGGAUUAUGAUCGAACGCUGCGUACAGAGAAAAUUUACGAUGACCACAGGAAGUUCCUGCUGAAGAUCAUCUAUGACACCCAAGGCCAUCCGACACUCUGGGUUCCCAGCAGCAAGCUACUAUCAGUAAACUUGACAUACUCGAGUACGGGGCAGGUGACAGGCCUUCAGAGGGGUCCGACUACAGAGAAGUGGGAGUACGACAGUCAAGGAAGAAUCAUUUCCCGAGUCUUCGCCGACGGGAAGACAUGGAGUUACACUUACUUGGAUAAGUCCAUGGUCUUGCUGCUGCACAGCCAGCACCAGUACAUCUUUGACUAUGACUCAGGGGACCGUCUGUCAGCAGUCACCAUGCCCAGCGUGGCUCGACACACCAUGCAGACCAUCCGAUCCAUAGGAUACUACAGGAACAUCUACACCCCUCCAGAGAGCAAUGCCUCUGUUACGGUGGACUACUCUGAAGAUGGCCAGCUCCUCAGAGUUGCCCAUUUAGGCACUGGCCGCCGUAUACUUUACAAAUAUCGCAGACAGAACAAGCUGGCAGAGAUCCUCUAUGACUCAACACGGGUCAGUUUCACAUACGAUGAGACCGCUGGUGUGCUCAAGACCGUCAACCUACAGAGCGAAGGCUUCAUCUGCUCCAUCCGGUACCGGCAGAUCGGCCCACUGGUCGACAGGCAAAUAUUCCGCUUCAGCGAGGACGGGAUGGUUAACGCACGCUUCGACUACACCUACGACAACAGCUUCAGAGUCACCAGCAUGCAGGCUGUAAUCAAUGAGACACCUCUGCCGAUUGAUCUCUACCAGUUUGAUGAUAUAUCUGGGAAAGUGGAGCAGUUUGGGAAGUUUGGAGUCAUCUAUUAUGAUAUCAAUCAGAUCAUCUCCACUGCAGUGAUGACCUACACCAAACACUUCGACCAGCAUGGCCGCAUCAAGGAGAUCCAGUACGAGAUCUUCAGGUCGCUGAUGUACUGGAUCACCAUUCAGUACGACAACAUGGGCCGAGUCACCAAGCGGGAGAUCAAGAUUGGACCGUUCGCGAACACAACCAAAUAUGGUUAUGAGUACGAUGUUGAUGGACAGCUGCAGACGGUUUCCCUCAAUGAGAAGAUGAUGUGGAGGUAUAAUUAUGACCUGAACGGGAACCUGCAUUUGCUGAAUCCAGGCAACAGCGGUCGGUUAACUCCUCUACGCUACGAUCUGAGGGACAGAAUCACCCGUCUGGGAGAUGUUCAGUACAGGCUGGAUGAAGACGGGUUCCUGAGACAGAGAGGAGCUGAGAUAUUUGAGUACAACUCCAAAGGUCUUCUAGUUCGUGUCUACAGUAAAGCGGCCAGCUGGACCAUCCAGUACCGUUACGACGGUUUGAGUCGGCGUGUGGCCUCAAGGAACAGUCUGGGCCAACACCUGCAGUUCUUCUACGCUGACCUGAACUACCCCACCAGGAUCACCCACGUCUAUAACCACUCCAGCUCUGAGAUCACGUCCUUCUACUACGACCUGCAGGGCCAUGUGUUUGCUAUGGAGAUCAGCAGUGGAGAGGAGUUUUAUAUUGCAUGUGAUAACACUGGGACGCCACUGGCUGUCUUCAGCAACAAUGGACUGCUGCUUAAACAGGUGCAGUACACAGCAUAUGGUGAGGUUUACUUUGAUUCCAACCCAGACUUUGUGCUGGUAAUUGGUUUCCAUGGAGGCCUGUAUGAUCCUCUGACCCGACUGCUGCAUUUUGGAGACAGAGACUACGACAUCCCUGCUGGAAGGUGGACGACUCCUGACAUCAGCACAUGGACACGUGUCGGCAAAGAUCCCCAGCCCUUCAACCUCUACAUGUUCCGAGGCAACAACCCCAUCAGCAAGAUUCAUCAGGUCAAAGAAUAUGUCACAGAUGUCAAUAUCUGGUUGGUCACAUUUGGCUUCCAUCUCCACAACGCAAUCCCAGGAUUCCCCAUUCCCAAGUUUGACCUGACGCAGCCCUCACUGGAGAUGAAAAAGAGCCAGCUGUGGGAUGACCUGCCUUCCAUCUCAGGUGUGCAGCAGGAGGUGACUCGUCAGUCUCGGGCCUUCCUGUCCUUUGAGCGCAUGCCAGAAAUCCAGCUCAGCCGGCGGCAUUCAGACCAUGCCAAACCCUGGCUGUGGUUCGCCACUGUCAAGUCUCUGAUUGGCAAGGGAGUCAUGCUCGCUGUGAUCCAGGGCCGUGUGGUGACCAACGCACUCAACAUUGCCAACGAGGACUGCAUCAAAGUGGCUGCAGUCUUAAACAAUGCCUUUUACCUUGAAGACCUACAUUACACGGUGGAGGGGCGAGACACUCACUACUUCAUCAAGACCAGCCUGCCUGAGAAUGACCUCAGUGCGCUGCGGCUCACCUCGGGCAGGAAAUCACUGGAAAACGGUGUGAAUGUUACAGUGUCCCAGUCUACGACGGUGAUGAACGGCAGAACGCGGCGCUUUGCUGACGUGGAGCUGCAGUACGGCGCUCUGGCACUCCACGUGCGUUAUGGGACGACGUUGGAUGAAGAGAAAGCGCGAAUCCUGGAGCACGCAAGGCAGAGGGCACUGUCGAGCGCCUGGGCCCGCGAACAGCAGCGGGUGAGAGAUGGGGAGGAAGGAGUUCGGCUGUGGACGGAGGGAGAGAAAAGGCAGCUGCUGAGUAGCGGGAAGGUUUUGGGUUACGAUGGCUACUACGUCUUGUCCAUAGAGCAGUACCCAGAGCUAGCUGAUAGCGCUAACAACAUGCAGUUCUUACGGCAGAGUGAGAUAGGGAGGAGGUAACACGGCAUCAACAGACGUCUAAUUUCUACCCCCUGUGACUGUCAGAGACUAACAAAGUUCAGUUUAACACAAAAUGGAUGUCACGGACUGAACUGUCUUGAGACUCAAAGUAGCCACUGAAGAGACCACAUGUUUGCAAAUUAGUUUUAUUGGAUGGUAAAAUAGGAUUUAUAGUGAACAGUCACUUCAACACAAAUGGCCCGAAACAUUACGAAGCUAGUUGUGAUGGUUUAAAACCGUUUUCAUGAGCCUUCAAGAAGGUUCAGUCUUGACCAAUGCCUUUUCUCUCUUUCUUUUUCUAUCUAUAUUUUCUUUCUUUCUCUCUUUCUUUCGCCCUGUCGUCUGCCUUUAAACAGCCUGCACGCAUGCCCCUCCCCCUCUCUCUGGUAGGCGGGGCUAACCUGAGUGCUAUAAUCGUGUGCUAUCUAGCUGUGAAACAGUGGGAUGUAGAGACUCGUUCAAAUAGCCAACAGAGCAUUUCAGCAGCCAUCACAACUAGAUGAGCCCCCAAGCAUUUAGACAGUUGUAAACUGUCAGAGCAGUCAAUAUAACAAAUGUCUGUGGAUUCUUAACAGAUGUUGCAGGUAUCAUAUCUGUGUGGGUCCAGCUGUGACCCGUCGCUCUGGGUUAUAGGCCUCUAUGAGCCAUGUCUAUAGGAUCUAUUGUUUUCAUGGCUGAAGCCAUUGAAUGGAACUGUUGUGGACUCUCUCUAAGAGAGACAGGCACAAAAAAGGACUACAAUUUGUACGAAGGAAAAAAAGACUUAUUUUCUGUUUGGAUUUUUUGUUUUGUUUUUAUAUAUAAACUUGCAUUUGCUUCAGACAAAAAGGGGAUAUAAAAAUGAACAAAAAAAUGUUUACAUACUAUUACCUAUACCACUAUUACUACUAUUACUACACCACCAACACCACCACUGGAAUGGACCAUGACCUGAACUGAACAAAACUUUGAGUUGUGUUUUUGUUUCCUUCUUAUCUAUUAUCUGUUUGGUCAGUUCUAAAACCACUCCUUCUCAUCCCCUGGUCUUUUACAAGGUCUAUAAAAAUCGUACAGUUUCAGACUACAAUCAACAGCGGUCUGUGAGGAAACAGGGCGACCACGGUGCCACGGCUGUUUCUGAUUCUUUGUGGACCGAGUGGGCUCACUGGUCCUGAAAAACACUGAUCCCCUAUCAGCCCAGGAGUCCUCCACUUCUGCAAAAUGUGACUCAGCCUCAUAAUGCAUAGACCUUGUGCUUUUAUCGGUCAAAGGUAGUAGUAUUGCUUGCAAUAGAAACAUGUUGUCAUGGCUUUUGGGGGGGCAGGGUUGCUGUGAGUAGUAACUAAUUGUUGCUUCUCUCCUCGUUUUUGCUCGUUUCUCCUUAAAGGGACAGUGCAUCGCCAUCAGUGACUUUAAUGAGUAACAGUAUAGAUCAAAAAUCGAUGUGGAUGUUUUCUCAUUGAUUGUGGGUCUCUGUACUCGUAUAGAGGAGUUUUCUUUGUGUGUAUGUGUGUUUACAAGGUUGGGAAGGCAUCUUUAAUCAUUUUAAAGGAAAGAACAGGAACUUUACACAGAGUGUUAACAUCAUAUGCUACCAAUCUUUUUUCAGAGACAAGUUGACAAUGUUUUAUGGGUUGAUCUUUUUUAUUUUGAAGGUUGAGAAAUUCCACUUAUCCGUACAUCAAUAUUAGUCUCAGAGAAAGUAAUUUAUGUACAGUGUUUCUACGGUAAAGAAUAAAAA